AGGAUCGUAGAUAGUGAAUCUCGUAAUAACAAACUUAUUAAAAAAUGGCUCCUCUUCUUGGCUACUGGCUUCCUCGUGGAUAUGCUCAAAUACUCCGUAUGAUCAUGGCUCAAGGAGGUGCGGAAUGGGAUGAAAAGGUUUACGAGUUAGGUGACGCCCCAGAUUUUUCCCGUGAUCAGUGGCUCAAAGACAAAGCUGACGGCUUGGGAUUGGAUUUUCCAAACCUGCCGUACUACAUCGAUGGAGAUCUGAAGAUAUCUCAAACAAUGGCAAUCGCACGUCAUCUUGCUCGCAAGUACGGACUCAUCGCCGAUUCAGAAGAAGCCAACAUUCGUCAGGAUAUGGUGGAAUAUCAGUUGCUGGAUUUUCGCCAGGCUCUUGUCAAUCUUGGUUACCGUGAAUGGACUGAAGAAAAUAAGCAAAAGUACAUCACAGAAGUCCUUCCAACCCACUUGGGUUUGUUCUCAAAGUUCCUUGGAGAACGGGAAUGGAUCACUGGUGAAAAGGUGAAUUUUGUGGACUUUUUCCUGUACGAUGUCUUGGAUUGGAAUCUCUACCUGGUACCGGACUGCCUCAAGGAUUACGCAAAUCUCGAUGCUCUCGUGAAACGUGUGGAGGAGUUGCCAAGCAUCAAAGCAUGGAUGGCUUCGGACAAAUAUCGUUCGUGGCCACUCUUCAACAAGAUUGCGAAGUGGGGAACUGACCCGCAAGACCAAUAUGCUCGUCUCCCAGCUCUUGCAAACAAAAACUGAAAAGCUUUCCGCGACACUUAUGAAAUUAGCUUUCACGGGAAAAUUUAAUUCAAGCUUUUCAGAGGGCUUAUGCAGUUUUCAAGCAGUGUGUUCGAAUUUGAAUCCUUCCGGCUAUUGGGAAACAUGUGCUGUCUGUCUCGGACGAAUUACACCGUGCUUACAUUCUUGAUUCCAGUACUUCUGGAGAAA